CUGCGGCCUCCGACCUCUGUCUUGCCUCCAGGUCUGCAGAUCUUCCCAGUUUCUCCUGGGUCACAGUCACCCCUGAGGGCCUCUUCACCACCAGGGUCUUCGAUUCCUCAGGGAUGCCUUUCACCUCAGCCGCUUUCUCCUUCCUUCCCCCCAUCACAUUCUCCUGGUCCCACGGCCUCCCCUCCACCCCUGCCAGACACCAGCUUGGUUCUGCCUCAGCGGGAUUCAUCACCACUCCCCCUGGGCCCAAUCCCACAGAAAACCUCUCCAUCCAACACCCGCUCCUUGCCUUCCCCUAUCCCAGAAAUUUCAAUUCCUCGUCGUUCAGGCUGUCCCAUCUUAGCCCUCUCCUCAAGUCAGGAGCCUCCCAGAGCCUUGUGUCGUUCCACCUUAGGAGAAGGUGAAGCCCAGGGAGGUCACCUGACCCCACAAUUGGAAAAGGCCUCCUGCCUGGUAGACACCGUACACAGCCAGGCAGAGAAUGGGAGUUUCCAUUUCCUCAAUCCUGAGGUUCAGAAGGUUCUGGAAAUACUAAUCACCAAGAAGGUGGAACUGAAGAUCUGUAAGAACACUGAAGAGGAGGGACAGCACAUCUCCCUGUGUUCUCUGAGGAAUAUGUUCAAAUCCCUGGACAAAGAACAGGACCCUGUCCUUCCACAACAGCGCUUUUACCCCGAGAUCUUGGGGGACCACUGGCACCAGAAAGGGAGCGAGCUUUUCUGGGGCCUCCCUAUUCUACACAGUGAGUCCCUGGUGCAGAAGAUCAGAGUGCCUGAUGCCUCCUUAGAUUUUUCCCCCAUUGUAUUCAAUGGGCUCUGUAUUUAUGCGCCGGAACACAUUCGGUCUAAAUUCUAUCCACAACACGUUUCCUCCCGACCCUUGCUCGACCAUGUCUGCAGAGGCCAAACUUUGACUCGAGCCUUGCCUUCAUGCCAAGGCCUACCUGAUUCUCAGAAACAGACC